UUAAGUGUUGACCACGGCUAAAUGAAUCUCAUUACUUUUGCCAACUUCUCGUUGCAAUGUUUGAAGAUAUUGUAUUGCUAUGUAAAUACUCAUAGUACAAUUCCAAACCUAUGCACAUCUCUGAUCACGGUGUUUGCCUUUUUUAUUGGUGUUAUUUGCAUUUAGUAUUUUUAGUGAUACUGGCUUUAUUUCCUUCAUAUUUGACCUCUUGGCGAUUAUUCUUUGCACAACUAUAAAUUACUCAAGCAGUAUAAAGAGAAAUUUUAUUUUAAUGAUGCUCUUAAGUUUUUUUUUUUUUUUUUUGACAGGCAGAGUGGACAGUGAGAGAGAGAGAGACAGAGAGAAAGGUCUUCCUUUGCCGUUGGUUCACCCUCCAAUGGCCGCUGCGGCAGGCGCACCGCGCUGAUCCGAUGGCAGGAGCCAGGUACUUAUCCUGGCCUCCCAUGGGGUGCAGGGCCCAAGUACUUGGGCCAUCCUCCACUGCACUCCCGGGCCACAGCAGAGAGCUGGCCUGGAAGAGGGGCAACCGGGACAGAAUCCGGCACCCCGACCAGGACUAGAACCCGGUGUGCCGGCGCCGCUAGGCGGAGGAUUAGCCUAGUGAGCCACAGCGCCGGCCAGUUGGUGUCUUUUUUAAUGAAAUCUUUUGAAGCUUUUCCGUGAUCUUGAUUUUUUUUAUAUUGGUGAUGCCUUUUUUACCAUUUAUCUUUCACGUUUCAAGUUCCUAGUAGUUCCCUCCACAUUUACUGAUGAUGUCCUGCAGGGUUAAGACUCCUAGAGCCCUGGCAUAAAGUGUGGCACGCUUGUGUCUUCCAAAUUUUGUAUGAACAUGCACUUUUCUUGUCGUGAGCAGCCUUCAUACUCAAGAUUGCAUUGUUUGGUUACUACCUACCUAGCUCAUUCUAAAUGCCUCAUAAAUACUAAUAAUAGAUUUCUACAAUAAUUUUUAUUUACAGCGAAAGACACUAUCUCAUAUGAUUUGCCAUCCUUUUCAUUAAGAAAAUCUAUUCAAUAACUGAUUGAUAUUAUCCUCUUUUAAAAAUCUCAGACCUGAAAUAAACCAUAAGCUUCUCUCAAAGAAUACACAAAGCUUCAGAGCAUCAUAGUUUUCCUUGCUUUUGCCACGUCCAAGUGCACAUUAAUGUGUGCAUUUUCCUUUGGUUUUUCUGCAGCUUUUCCCAGAUUUUAAAAAGAGACAUGAAAUUUCUUCUGAAUCUUUGCUGCUCUGCUUCAUUGGGAUGAUCAGUUGAUCUUAGAUUUUUCACUUUAUUUUACUUUGCAGGUAUAGACAAGUCUUUAUCAGCAAAAUAGUGCUUUUUAUGUUUAACCACCUUUUGUCUUUUUUUAAACUUCAGUUAUUUUGAAUCAAUAUAAUUUAUUAAUAAUACCAUUACAUUAGUAUGAAAUAUGCAGAUAUUUUGUCCCUAAGUAGAUUGGCGUGAUAAUGAAUUUAGCUGAAUCAUAAUUCCUUUAUUUUGUGUUAUGUAAGCCACUUCUAACUAGUUAAAUGUAUGUGUAUAUAGCUCUAAGACAGUUCUGUUAGAAUUUUGGCCACGUAUAAGCUUGCUUAAUAAUCUAACUUUUGUUUCUAAAUAAGAAGUGUCAUCCUACUGCAGUAUACAUACUUGCACUUUUGACCAAAUACUAUAAUUAAAUAAAAAUGGAAAAUUGUUCAGCAUUUAAGUCAUUCAGCAAACAAUUUUUGGUCUGUAUUCAAUUUAAAUCUUAAACUUUUUUUGAAAACUAAAAGAAAAUUUUACUUAUUUUUUAAAAGAUUUAUUUAUUUAUUUAUUUGAAUGUCAGAGUUACACAGAGAGAGGAGAGGCAGAGAGCGAGAGUGAGAACAAGAGAGAAAGGUCUUCCAUCCAUUGGUUCAUUCCCCAAUUGGCCGCAAUGGUGGGAGCUGGACCGAUCUGGAGCCAGGAGCUUCUUCUGGUUCUCCCAUGGGGAUGCAGCGGCCCAAGGACUUGGGCCAUCUUCUACUGCUUUCCCAGGCUGAGAGCUGGAUCAGAAUUGGAGCAGCUGGGACUCAAACCAGCACCCAUAUGGGAUACCAGCACUGCAGGCACUGGCUUUACCCCCAUGCCACAGCGCUGGCCCUAACUCAUCAUAAUUUAAAUAUUUAAAACCUUCCUACUCCAAUUCACAUUGGUGAAUUCUUCCAACUACUUACCUAAGAAUUAAACCAAUUUAUGCAAACUCAUAGGAUAGAAAAAACAAUGUCCAAACCUUUUCAGUGCCAGCAUAAUCUGAAUAGGUUAUGACAACUGAACCUGAAUAGGAUUUUGUGAAAAAGGAAAAUUAUAAGCCUAUCUCUUUCAUAAACAAGGACAAAUAAUCUUUUAAAAGAUCAGCAAAUUAAAUUAAAUUUGCAAAUCUAUAAAAGGAAACAAAUUAUGAGAAAGUGAGGUUUAUUUUAGGAAUACAAGUGCAUUUACUAUUUGAAAAUUAGUAGUAUGAUUCACCAUAAACACAGAUAAAGGAGGAAAAAUAUAAUCACAAUGGCUAUAUUGAAAGUGAUAUGAUAGAUCAGUUAAUGGUAAAACUGUUAGCAAAUAAACUGGAAGGGAACUUUCAGAGAAUCUUUAAGACCUACAGUAAAUAUCAUUAAUAGCAAAUUAUGAAGAAUUUUGCCUGGAGAUCAAGAAACAAGGAUGCGCACAUUUACUCCUUCAGGUUUUUAUUAUAGGUUGUAACUGGUGAAAUAAGACAACAAAUAAAAUAUAGAAGUUAUGGUAGUUUCAGUACCCAGGAACAAAUCUAACACAAUAUUCAUAAUCCUCUACACUAAAAACUGUAAAACACUGAGAAAAUAAAUGAAAAUCUAAAUACAGCAUUUACUAGUUGGAAGACUCAAUGUUGGGAAUACAUCAGUUUGUCCCCAAACUAUCAACACAAUGAAAUCCUUAAAAUUUUAUCAGCUAUCUUUUUAAUAGUUGAUGAGCUGAAUAUAAAGUUUAUGCAGAAAAAAGGACAAAAGUAAAGAAAUCUUGAAGAGAAAGAAAAAAACUGGAGAUACCACAAGAAAGGCACGACCCAAAGGAGAAAGGAUUGAUAGGCUAAACUCCCUUACAACUCUAUGCCCUGCCAUACAUGGUUCUAGCAAGAGAAUGCAAAGACAAGCCACUGGCUGAGAGCAAAUAUCUGCAAAACACACAUGUGAUCAAGAACUAUUAAAGCUCAGCAAUAAGGUAACAGACAACUUCAUUUACAAUGGACCAAGGAGGAGAACCAUGUGGAGAAGCAGGCUAAGCUCCACUUGGGACAUCCAGAUAUCCUGUUGGAGUGCCUGGUUCAAGUCCCAGCUUCUGAUCCAGUUUCUUGAUAAUCUGCCUAGGAGACAGUGAUGAUGGCCUGACCAAGUAUUUGGGUUCCUGUCACUCAUGAGGGAGACCUGGAAGGAAUUAGUACCUCCUGGCUUCCACCUGGCCUAGCAUUUGACAAGUGAACCAGCACAUGGAAGAUAUCUCUGUGUCUGCUUCUCUGUGUCACUCUGCCUUUCAAAUAAAAAAGAAAAUAUUUUUAUAAAUGGCCCAAAGACUUUAGUAAACACUUUACCAAAGAUUUUUAUUUGACAAAUAAGCAUAUGAAAAGAUGCUCCACAUCUUACAUCUUCAAGGAAAUGUAAAUUAAAAUAACAAGGAAAUACUGGACCCUAUUAGAAUGACCAAAUUCCAAACACUGACGUCAGCAAAUGCUUGCGAAGAUGUGGCGCAACAGCAGCUCCUGUUCACUGCUAGUGAGAAUGAGAAAUGGUGCGGCCACUUUGGAAGAGAGAUGGGAAGCUUUUAAUGGAAGCACACAUGCUCUCACUGUGUGAUCCUGCAAUCAUUGUAUGGAACGAAAUAGCACAAGUUGCAUGCAAUAGUAACUAAGGACGCCUGGUGGCGCUGCAGGCUUGCGAGUGUGAACGACCGGCUCUCCAGUUACCCAGGUCGCCAUUAAGCUGCGAAUCAGAACUCUGAAGGCUCUCUGAAAGAAAGAAGCGUUUUGGGUGAGCUCCAGGGGAGAGAUGCUUAGUGAGCCUCGUUUUCAGUGCAAGUCGCUGAGGAAGGUCUAAUUCGAGGUAACCAAACUAUCUGGGUGGACGGUGUACUGAGUGGAAGAAACUGCAUCUUCUGGACCAGCUCAGAACAAUGGAGACUGCGCUCGCCAAAACGCCACGCAAAAGGCAAGUUGUCUUUCUUGUCGUACUGUUGCUUUUGUGGGAGGUUGGCGCUGAUGUACUUAGAUAUUCCAUUCCAGAAGAAACAGAAAGUGGCCAUUUUGUGGCCAACCUGGCUGAGGACCUGGGGCUAGGGGUGGGAGAACUGGCGGCUCGGGGCGCGCGAAUCCAUUACAAAGGAAACAAACAGCUCUUGCAGCUCACUAGAGAGACUGGCGAUUUGCUUCUCCGCGAAAAACUGGACCGGGAGGUGCUGUGCGGGACGACAGAGCCCUGCAUUUUGCAUUUCCAACUGUUGCUGGAGAACCCAGUGCAGUUUUUGCAAGCUGAGCUGCAGCUCACAGAUGUAAAUGACCAUUCCCCCGAGUUCCUGGAGAGGCAGAUGCUGCUAAAAAUCCCUGAGAGCGCCCAGCCGGGCUCCGUGUUUCCUUUGAAAACAGCCCAGGACCUGGACACGGGUAGCAACACUGUUCAGAACUACACCAUCAGCCCCAACUCCACAUUUCAUGUCGUUACUCAUAAUCGCGGAGACGGCAGGAAGCACCCAGAGCUGGUGCUGGACAAAGCGCUCGACCGGGAGGAGCAGCCCGAGGUCGCGUUAGUCCUCACGGCGCUGGACGGCGGGGUUCCGCCCAGGUCGGGGACUGCCACAGUGCGCGUCGAAGUCGUGGACAUCAACGAUAAUGCCCCCGAGUUUUUACAGACGGUGUACGCGGUGCAGGUUCCCGAGGACAGCCCCGUGAGUUCCUCGGUGGUCAAGGUCUCUGCCCGGGAUUCGGACGCAGGAGCGUAUGGUAGAGUAACCUACGCUCUGUUCCAAGGUGAUGAGGGUGCCCAGCCAUUUGUAAUAGACGAGGUCACGGGAGAAAUUCGUCUGAAGGGGGCGUUGGAUUUCGAGACUACUAGAGGUUACAGCGUGGAAAUUAUAGCCACAGACGGCGGAGGCCUAUCAGGAAAAUGCACCGUGGCUGUAGAGGUGCUGGACGUGAAUGACAACGCGCCGGAACUGACCAUGGCCACGCUGACCAGCGCCAUCCCAGAAAACUCGCCCGAGACCAUGGUUGCCGUUUUCAGUAUUUCUGAUCCGGACUCCGGAGACAACGGGAAGAUGGUUUGCUCCAUCCAGAACGACCUUCCCUUCCUUUUAAAGCCCACAUUCAAGAACUUCUACACCCUGGUAACCGAUGGAGCGCUGGACAGGGAGGCCAGGGCCGAGUACAACAUCACCAUCACCGUGUCCGACCUGGGCACGCCCAGGCUGACCACCCGGCACCACGUCGCGGUGCAGGUGUCCGACGUGAACGACAACGCCCCGGCCUUCAGCCAGGCCGCCUACACCCUGCUGGUGCGCGAGAACAACAGCCCCGGGCUGCUCAUCGGCUCCGUGAGCGCCAGCGACAGGGACGCGGGCGCCAACGCGCAGAACGAAAGUCGAUUUCUCGAAUCUGUCUCCUUGCGGCCGGCGACGACCCGGAUGCCGGAGGGCCGCUUCCCAGGGCCGCUGCUGGACGUGAGCGGCGGCGGGACGCUGUCGCACAGCUACCAGUACGAGGUGCGCCUGACGGGCGACGCUGGGACCGGGGAGUUCAAGUUCAUGAAACCGAUUUAUCCCAAUCUCUCUCCCCAGAUCGCUGGAGAACAAAUAGGAGAAAACUCUGCCUCCCGGAAUAGCUUUUUAUUCUCUUAGAUAACUGAUUAUGAAGCAAGUUUUCUGCCCUUUAUCCCUACUUGCGCAGACAUAGGAGUUGAGAAUGUCACUGAAAAAAAAAUCCACUUUCAAGUGUAGCUUUGUUUUCCCCUCUGUAAUUGAUCUAUCUGUUUAUCUUCUCCUAUUUUGGAAAAUUCCUUUCUACUUCCUUGCAUAUAUUUACAUAUUGAAGUUCCACACCCUUGCAUGCUGUAGAUUUCCUCUUCCUUGGUCUUUAAUCUGAUGAACUGUCUGUCUUAAUAAAGUCAAACAUUAAUUAUAUUUUC